GUUCCAAAACAGCUUCCGUAGUCAGAAUCACAUGAACGGUUUGUUUUGGCUUUUGUGUAGAUUCCGCAAAAUACAAUCUGUUGGUCAUUUCGCCCAAUUUCUCUAAUGUUAAAUAUGAUUGGGUUAUACCUUAGAAUAGGCUACAAUAUUUUAGAGUAGGCGGCAAUUUAAGUGUAGCUUUGUGUUAAAAAAAAAGGACACUUGUUUUUCAGCGAGCGCGUUUGGUGUUUCCAGUUUUGUGAGGAAGUCAUAAAAUAUUAGGCCAUGUUACGAUGGAUUCUUGGAGGUCGAGAAGCUCAGAGCUCACUGGAGAAAAGCUCCGUGUUGUGCAUUGGAGAGGAACAACCCCAAAACUGCUUCACUGAGCUGCAGGUGCUAAAAGGACAUUUUGACAUUGUUCGAUUUCUGGUGCAGAUUGAUGACUUCAGAUGUGCCUCUGCAGGAGACGAUGGCCUUGUACUGGUGUGGAAUAUUGAGACAGGAGAGAAACUACAAGAACUCAGAGGACAUUCGCAGCAAAUCACUGCCAUAACUACUUUUGUUUGCAGAAGUCCUCUUACAGCUCAAAUAUUGCUGAUCACAGCUUCUUCAGAUCGAAGUCUAAGUCUUUGGGAUCCUGAUACAGGCAACAGAGUUCAAACUAUUUCAGAUCUUCAGUCAUCUGUCAAGUGCCUGUUGGUGUUAGAGCGAUUGUGUUUGUGUCUGUCUGGUGGAGAAGAGUUGUGUGUUUGGAACAAAGAUUUUCAACUUCAGUGCCAUCAGCAGAACCACAGUGACACUGGAAUUUUUGUGUUGAUUGAGCUUCCCAAGAAUUGUGUAGCAGCUGCGAUGGAUAAAGAAAUUGUAAUUUACAGGUUAACAGUCUCUGCCAACUCCUCUUUUUCUCUGACUGAUAUGCACCAUCUUUCUGAUCAUCGAGACCAGAUUCGUGCCCUCAUAAAUGUCAAUGACAACAUAUUUGCCACCGGGUCUCAUGCGGGCGAGCUCAUUCUCUGGGACGCGAUUGACUAUAACAUUCUGGCUUAUGAACAUAUCUUAUGGGAGGAGUCACAAAGUGCAUCUGAAAUACGAGUGGGUCCCUCAAAGCCUAGUGAGAUGUCCAUUCAGCAUCUUUGCUCUAAUGGAAAGCUCGUCCUGGCAGCUGUGGGAUGUGGCCUGUAUGUGUACAGUGUUCUGACAAAGACAGUAGUGGCUUACAGAAAAGUCGCUCAUGACUCCAAUGUUUUACACACCAUGCUGCUUUCUGACAGUGAACUGAUGUCCUGCUCUGAAGAUGGUAGUGUGCGACUCUGGGAGAUUCAGGACCUACCACUGCCCGCUGAACCUGCCUCAGCAGGAUUUUUUGGUUUGUUGACUUUUGGACGUGGAAGUAAACAGACCGGUCCACCAUCAAAGAAAGUUUUUGAUGUUCCUAAUCUCAAGAUGCUGGAGUUGAUAGGUGACUUGAUUGGCCAUUCUGGACCUAUUCAGAUGUUUGUGAGCUUUAAGGAGAAUGGUUUGGUGACUUGUUCUGCCGACCACCUGCUGAUUUUGUGGAAGAAUGGAGAGAGACAGUCACAUCUACGCAGCCUGGCACUUUUCCAAAAGCUGGAGGAAAGCGGUUCACUGUGAGCUUGCAUCUAGAGUCUGCUGCUUUUAAAAGUAUCAAAGUAAAUUCAUGUUAACUGUUGAUUAUUUGCAUUUAUUAAUUUAUUGUGAUCAGAGUUUAAACAAUGCUUAUGUAUUAAAUUUUUUUUUCCAAAGCUGAA